AUGGAGCCACAGCGCCGUAGCAUACCGAAGAGUGCUGGGGAGCGACUCAUGACAACCAUCGUUGAUGACGUGUCCCAGUCCGACCCUCAGCGAUGCUUCAUGUCCAUACCGCGAAGCUCAGAUCGGAAUGAUGGACUAAGGGACGGGUCGUAUGCCUUAAUCGCGCGUGCCGUCAACCGAUGCGCUUGGUGGAUGGAGGACCUCCUGGGCAAAGGGGCUGGUUUCCCAACAAUUGCCACGUACUUGAAUCCAAUGGACUUCAGACAUGUCACCCUCAUUUUUGGAGCCAUCAAGGCGGGUUACAAGAUGUUCUACAGCUCUCCUCGCAACCGCCUCAAGGUCCAGGUCGCGCUUUUGGAGAAGCUUGAGUGCGACAUCCUCAUGACACCCGAGCAGAUGUCUGACACCACAAGAGGAGUUCUUAACAGCCGGGCGAUGCGAAAGUUCAUUCUCCCCGAUCUGGUCUUCUUCUUCGAAGACGAGCCCGUCCAACCAUAUCCCUACACCAAGACGUGGGAAGAGGCGCGGGAGGAUCCAUAUGUUGUGAUGCAUUCCUCCGGCACGACGGGCACCAAAAAUCCUGAUCCUGAAGCAAGGCACAGUUGCUGCCCACGACGCCUUCCAACGUUUCACUGA